AUGGCGAGCAUGGAGCCAUCCGAGAGGCUGGCCCUCAUUCAAGAAAAUCUCGCUGAGGUCUUGAACUUCGAAGUGGUCGAGAAGAUCAUCGCUGAAGGGAACAACCCGAGAAUAUAUUGGGGUACCGCGACAACUGGCCGGCCCCACUGUGCCUAUUUCGUCCCAGCCGUCAAGAUGGCCCAGCUGCUGGCUGCUGGUUGCGAAUUAACAGUUCUCCUGGCCGAUAUCCACUCGUUCCUUGACAACCUGAAAGCCCCGAUUGAGCUGGUGGAAAGGCGAGUUGAAUUCUACCGGUACACCAUCACGGCCAUUCUUCGAGCAGUGGGCGUGUCUACAGAGAAGCUCAAGUUUGUGUUGGGAAGCUCCUAUCAGAGAAGUCCUCAGUAUAUCUUAGAUAUGUACAGGCUCAGCUCCCUGAUAUCCGAACAUGAUGCGAAACGCGCAGGUGCUGAAAUCGUCAAACAAACCAACAAUGCUCCCUUAAGUGGCCUACUUUAUCCCGUUCUUCAGGUACUGGACGAACAAUACUUAGAUGUUGACGUUCAGUUCGGAGGUCUGGACCAACGUAAGCUGUUCAUUGCGGCAAAGGAGUGGCUGCCGAAACUUGGUUAUAAACAGCGCGCACAUAUCAUGAACCCGAUGGUUCCUGGAUUACAUGGUGGGAAAAUGAGCUCAAGUGACCCUGAAGACAGCAAAAUCGAUCUCCUUGAUUCCCCUGAGGUUGUGAACAAAAAGAUUCGCAAAGCUAUCGCGAUACCCCGAGUUGUGGAGGGGAACGGAAUUCUAGCUUUUGUUGAGUAUGUUCUGAUGCCGGCAUCUAGCUUGCGAGGACGUAGAGAAUUCCGCGUAGACCGGGAACAAGAUGGUCUGGAGCCGCUGGUCUACUCUACGAUUGACCAGAUGCAUGAUGAUUACCGCAGCGAUGUGUUGACCCCUCAGCUUCUCAAACCAGCUGUCGCUAAGGGAUUAAAUGCUCUAUUGGCCCCAAUCCAAGAAGCAUACCUGGCUUCUAAAGAAUGGCAGGAGAUCGCCCUGCAAGCAUACCCGCUUUCAACAAAAAAGGAAAAAAGGGUCAAGGACUGA